GAGCCGCGGUGGGCGUGGCCGUGGUAGGCUGCAAGCUAGGCCAGGGCAGCGUGGCGGGUGGUUGGGUUGCUCUGGUUCGGUUGUUGCUGUCGCGAUGUUCUUCUCCGAGGCUGUGGCCAGGUCGCGGACGUGGGAAACCAGUCCCUCGGAACACAAGAUGUGGGUGAAAGUAUUUAAAGCAUGUGAUGAAGAUCACAAAGGAUAUCUCAGCAGAGAGGACUUUAAAGUUGCUGUUGUAAUGCUGUUUGGGUAUAAGCCCUCCAAGAUAGAAGUGGAUUCUGUGAUGUCUUCAAUAAAUCCAAAUACUUCUGGUAUAUUACUUGAGGAGUUUUUAAAUAUUGUAAAGAAGAAGAAGGAAGCUCAACGAUAUCGGAGUGAAGUAAGACACAUCUUCACAGCCUUUGACACAUACUAUCGUGGAUUUUUAACUUUGGAAGAUUUCAAAAAAGCAUUUAGGCAGGUGGCUCCCAAAUUACCGGAAAGGACUGUUCUCGAGGUAUUCAGGCCAGGCUCCUGGGAAACAGACUCACAGAUGGAGAUUGAGGCCAUUGGAACUUGUCCUCCUGUGUUGAUCAGACCUUGGAUGUGGGCUGCUCCCCAGGGGAGGGGCAUAACCUCGAACAAGGCAACUUCCUUGGCUGAGGGGAAGUAGAUCGAGACUCAGAUGGUCACGUCAGCUUUAGAGACUUUGAAUAUGCCAUCAACUAUGGACAGAAGGAAGCCUAACUAUUGUGAGCUACUUUUGGCAAC